AUCUUCAUCGCCCUCCUUGUGUUCCGAACCAUCAAUUCUCAGCUCGUGUGGACAUUCUUCCAGCCCGACGAGUACUUCCAGGCCCUGGAGCCAGCAUGGAAACUUGCCUUUGGACCCAACAGCGGCGCCUGGCUCACCUGGGAAUGGAGAGAGGGCCUGCGAACAUCGGUUCACCCCUAUUUGUUUGCGGCUGCAUACAAAGCGGCUGCCAGCAUAUGCGAGCUUGUCCACUUACCUGAGCACUCCCGGGCGGCUGCUCUCGUUGCAGCACCACGGCUUCUGCAAGCUUUCUGGGCAGCGGCAAUGGAUUUCUUGACCUGGCGCAUGGCUAGCACAGUCUACGGCUCUGGGCAUGCAGCUGCGACCGCUGCGCUGGCUCUGACGAUACUGAGUCCGUGGCAGUGGUUCUGUUCUGUCCGAACAUUCUCCAACUCCUUGGAAGCGACUCUUACGACAUGUUCCUUGUGCUACUUCCCAUGGGCGUACUUCCUGGGACCAUCUAUGAACAAGACCACCAAUCGAGCCAGUUUCGGAGCACAUGAGUAUGCCUCUCCAACAGGACUGUACAUCGCACUUACGGCUGCGGCCGCCGCUUUUUACCUUCGACCCACCAACAUCAUUAUAUGGCUGAGCAUCAGUGCAUGCCUGGUGUGGUACAAUCGUGAUUUCGCCAGGGCUGUGACACUAAUCCAGGCCGCAACGCUCGUGGGCAUCACGAUCGUGAUAACUUUUGCGAGCGUUGACCGUAUUUACUAUAGUGGAUGGACGUUCCCGCCGCUGCGAUUUCUGCAGUUCAACGUUGUGCAGUCUCUGGCUGUGUUCUACGGGAAGAAUCGACCGGACUAUUAUGUGACAGAAGGACUACCACUCCUACUUACUACGGCCCUACCUUUCGCAUUGGUAGGUGUCUAUCUAAGCCUGUGCAGAAGGUCCUCACAUUCAUCUCAAAGCAUCAUCCAGGAGCGGACGGUCUCCGUUUUUGCAGCCACAAUCAUCUCAUCUGUGCUGGCAUUAUCUUUGAUCGCGCACAAGGAAGUUCGAUUCAUCUACCCACUACUACCUAUGCUGCAUGUUUUGGCUGCACGACCACUGGCGUCUAGCUUUUCGACAAAUAAAAUCGGUCGACUGAUGAUUCUUGCUGCCGGCAUUGCGAUCAAUAUCUACAUUGCUUACUAUGUGAGCUUUGUGCACCAGCGAGGUGUUGUGGAUGUCGUACACUAUCUCCGCCACAGGCAAGAGUCUUGGCUCGAUGCCUCGCCCAUGGAGCAUGCUACGGGGCCGGAAUCAGCGAACAUUACUGUGGGCUUUCUGAUGCCAUGUCACAGCACACCCUGGAGGAGCCACUUCGUCUAUCCGGAGAUCACUGCAUGGGCACUAACAUGCGAGCCACCGAUCCAUAUGCCGACGGAGGAAAGAGCUUCAUAUCUGGACGAGGCAGAUAUCUUCUACAACGAGCCGCUCAGGUGGCUUGCGAACAACAUGCAGGAUCGUGAUACCAUUUCUCUAACAAUAACUUCCGAUGUGACAGGAGACCCAUCGCUGGAUGACAGGACACGUCGGCCAUGGCCGCAUUAUCUCGUCGCGUUCGAAAGCUUGCAGCCCACACUGGCAUCAGUCCUGAAUGGGACUCGAUACAAAGAGUGUAGGAGGUUCUUCAAUACCCACUGGCAUGACGACAGCAGACGGACAGGCGAUGUGAUUGUGUGGUGUAUGCGACGAUGA